GAGGUUUCCUACCCACCAGCCAGAUCUAUAAAUACCCUGGGGCUCUACCAGAAGCACCAUCCCUGUUCCUCGACAGAUGCUAAGGAUGCUUCUGCUGCUCCUGCUCCCCCUAGCCAUUCUCCUGCCCCUCGGGGCUACUGCUGACACGCAGGAUGGAAUGGACCAGGGGGUCCUGAUCCCAGAGGACUUUGUGCUGCCAGUCGCCCACUCUGACUCUGGCCACAUCGUCCCCCUGCUCAGUGCCCACAAGGCCGAUCGACGGGACCGGAGCCGCCCACAGAUCCAAGUGCAUCCGAAGAGUCACCAUCAGGUCUACACCAAUGGGCUAUGUGCCAAGGCCCAGGACCUGCUGCUGCAGGUUGAUCCAGUGACAGACACAGCCAUGGCCCUGAGAGGACCCCACCCUGCGCUCCUGCUACCGCUCGACCUGCUGUCUGGUUCCUUGGGCUUGACUGGGGAAUGUGACAAGUAUGAGCAGUUCAUGAAGAGGCACUUUGAUUGCCCUAAGACCAGUAACAUCCACGAGACCUAUUGCAACUACAUGAUGAAGGAACGCAACAUGACCUGCAAACGCAUCAACACCUUCAUCCACGCCCCUGAAGAAGACAUCAAAGCCAUUUGCAAAAAGAAAGGGAUACUCGACAAAGACAGCAUCUACAAGAGUAAUACAACCUUCAAUCUCACCGUAUGUAAGCUGAAGACUCAAAAUGGCCAGUCCUGUACAUAUGAGGAAGAAGAAAAGACUUCCAAGAUUUGCGUGGCUUGUAACAAAGAGCACCUGCCUGUGCACUUCGAAAACACGACACCAGCAGCACCUAUGUCUCUAGAGAAGAUCCAAAUCCAUCUGGGUCGCACCUCGACUGGGCUGUCCCAUACCCACAUGGAGCGCAAGCAGAAAGUGGCUCUGAAACCUCAGGUGGGACAGAGAGCUGAGCACAAGGAGGGACAAACAACCGAAUCGAACCUGUAUGGCUCCAGCCAGCACAAGCAACCUGCCUAAAUGGGGAACCUCCCUGCUACCCGUAGCACCCAUUACACAGUAUAGCUAACCCUUCCCCACCCCCACC